AUGGACUUCGAUCCCAGCGAGAUCGCCUACGUCCCCACGACGGGGGUACGCAAGGAAUUCAGAGUGCCCGUGGUGCAAGCCACUCCCGAGAGCGUCGAGGGCUACGGGCACAUUGUCGAGUCACCCGACAACUUCCCGAUCGAGAUCGUCCGAUGGCCGGCUCCGGGCUGGAGACCCGUUGACCAGAACUCGGGCGACCAGGGUGGGACGACCGAGGGGCUGUUCGAGUUUUGGUGGAAAGGUGACACGCUGUAUGCGCGCAACAACGCCGUGGGCGACAGCUACCUGUUCGCGUGGAGCCAGUUCCCGGAAGAAGCCUCGAGCUCGGGCGACGCCAACGCCCGCGACAAAGUGCUGAUCUGGCGAGCCAACUACCACCCAGACGGAGGGCAGAUGUUCUUCCCCAUGGACGGGCAGAGCUUCAUGGUCCCUGUGGCUCUGCCCGGCGACGACGUCACGCCGGAAAAGUUCGUUGCGUUCAGGGUCGAAGGCGGGAAGGGUCUCUACAUUCACCCCAACAUCUGGCACGGCGCCGUCGUCCCGCUGGACGACCACAGUCGCUUCGUCGACCGUCAAGGCAAAGUCCACGCCCGGGUGUCUGUCGACUUCGCAAAGGAGUUUGGGGGUUAUCUUUCCAUACCGCUGGCUCCGGCCAAUGGCAACACGAAUGGCGUAAACGGUACAGGACACUGA